AUGAUCCACAGCAAACUGCAGAUCUUUUUGUUGAUAGUUGGCUACCUCACUUAUCUCCUGGUGGGUGCCGGCAUAUUUCAAGUACUGGAGAGGGAUGAAGGGAGGAAACAGCAAGCCGCAGUGUUAAGAAUGAAGGAAGAUUUUCUGCAGAACUUCACUUCCCUCAGUCCGAUGGAAGUUGAAAUCUUUGUGAAGAAUCUGAUGGAAGCUGUCCGGAUGGGAAUGGAUCCGACGGGACAGGAGAACAGCAACUGGGAUUUCAGCAACUCUUUCUUCUUUGUGGGCUCCGUGUUAUCCACAAUAGGCUAUGGAAAUCUUUCUCCCCAAACAGCAGGCGGCCAGCUCUUUUGCGUUGUUUUUGCUCUCUUCGGCAUCCCCUUGAAUAUAGUCUUCUUGCACCACAUUGGCAAGAUCCUCUCUCUGCUAUGUGAAAGGCUUGCUAAAUGCCUGCACAGGAAGGGUGUAAAGAAGAAAACAACAAGGUUUUUGACUCUUCUGUUCUUCCUGGUGAUGGGAAUUCUAGUUUUCAUCUGUGUGCCAUCAGCCAUCUUCCAAGUGAUGGAGGACUGGUCCUACAGCGAAGCAAUUUAUUUUGCAUUUAUUACCCUCAGCACAAUUGGUUUUGGAGAUUACGUAAUAGGGAGACAGCAUAGCAAGAGAUAUUUUCCCUACUACCGAAUCUUGGUAGCAAUCUGGAUUAUCUUCGGACUUGCGUGGAUAGCCCUGCUGUUUAAUUUGCUGACAAAUCUACUGGAAGACCCGGAUACAAAGCCGAUAGAAGAACUUCUCCCGGUCAAGACAGCGAAAAGGAAAAAGAGGAAGUCAAAACGGCGUCCCAACACAGUUCCCUCUUGA